CAUCAGUACGUAACUUCCGCUACAUCAUCGACGCGUCUUUUUCCGGUGAGAAGCCAAACAAGCCCAGACAUGCCUCUUGCAAAGGAUCUGCUGCAUCCCAGCCCGGAGGAGGAGAAGAGGAGACACAAGAAGAAACGUCUCGUCCAGUGUCCAAAUUCCUAUUUUAUGGACGUCAAAUGCCCUGGUUGCUACAAGAUCACCACCGUGUUCAGUCACGCCCAGACUGUGGUGUUGUGUGUCGGAUGCUCCACAGUCCUGUGCCAGCCUACGGGGGGGGAAGCUCGCCUUACAGAAGGAUGUUCAUUCCGGAGGAAACAGCACUAACUCGGAUAAGAGCUAUGGAGUUGAGGAUGACGCCAAGUGGAGAGCAUGUGAUGCUAGUCCAUCCAAGCUUUAUGCAGAUAAAGGGACCUUUCUGCCACACAAAUCAAUACACGCUCAUGAUAAACCCAGUAGGCUUGUUUCCUGCACCAGGUGACUUGAAUCAAGGUGUGCUGAUCCAUCAGGGGAAGAUGACGUCAACGCUACACUGCUCCUAAUAAGCGUAAAGCAUUUCCAGGAAGGGAGACACGGUGUGGCUCAAUCUGGUCAUUACAGCUCCCGACCACGCCUUCACUUGCUCAACUAAUCUGAUACUUUAUGCUUUUCAAUGUUAAAUGUUUUUACUAUAAAGUUGCACAAAUCAUGAAACAUGAGAGAUGUAUUUAAAACAGUUUCCGUUAAUUGUUGCUAUAAUGACUUUUUGUGUAUGCGUGGAUGUGUUUAUUGAGCAAAGUUUACAAAUAAAACCUGGAUAAAGUCUGAGCAUUCUUUUUAA